UCCUCUUCUCCUCUUGCUGGACUACAGCUACUGGGGGGCUGUCUGCUCGCACGUAGACGCAGCCGCCACCACCAUCGGCACCAACCACCCUUCCGUGCUGCUCGAACAACAACAACAUCAGUUGUUGCUGCUGCUGGAACCAUUAUUUACAACCACCACCACCAAUUAAAAGUUGCCUAACCGCUCAUCCUCUCUAGAAGCUGCUCCGCCGAAGCGAUCGAUCUCGACUUGGGCUCCAUUCACCACGAGACUCGAUCUCGGCAACGACCGAUUCCACCAUCUCAGUCGUCGGCGGGUUUUUUUUACUUUUCACGAGGCUACUUGCGAUUCCCCAUUGGCGAAGAGGGGGCCCACCCAGCCAACGUUCCAUCAUCUUGGCACCUCCACCAGGGGUCCACCAUCUCGGAGCAUCUGCGCCGUCAACUCUGCGGUCCAUCAAGCGCCACCGACGUUCUACACCAGCAGCAUCACUCACCCCCGCGCUCGACUUUCGGCUCUUUAACUGCUGCCAACCACCACCAGCAUCAGCACCAAGCAGGCUUUGCGAGAGCUGCCACUCAUUGUUCAACGCCGGCUGCACACCUCCUCCAUUCGAGGUGGAGGAGGAGGGGGUGACGAUGUGGAGCAUGGCCACGUGCCUGGGAGGUUGAUCACUUUGGCCGCGCCGAGCGUUGUCGAGGUGGAGCGCGAGUUGAACUUGAAGACCUUCAAGUCACCAGAAGCUCGAGUUCCAAAGUCUUGACGCCGUGCACGAACACUAUAACUUGACGCCGAGUUCGCUGCCUUCACUACCAGCAGCACCACCACCAACCUACUGGCUCGUCCACCAUGGCCCUCCACAUGUCGGCCGAUGGCCUCCUGAGCGUGCAUGGCAAGGAAGACUCAAAGUGUCCUCCGACGCCAGAAGAUCAGGACGAGGGAGAGGAGGGCGCCUUCCACCUCCUGCCCAAGUCGUCGCCACGCUUGCCCAGGCGAUCUUCCAACGACGACCUGGAGGUGGGAAGUGGGACGGAACCAACGAGCCCGUUGAUACCUACGUCUCCUUCCAUCGGCUCGCCCAGGAGACGGGUCUCCUUUGCGGACAACUUUGGACUGGAGCUGACCGCGGUGAAGUUCUACGACGAAGCCGAGGUGCCGGAGGUCCCCGAAGCGAUUCUCGACCCGCUCCGGGAUGAGACCGACGACGAUGUGAUGAGGAGGUUGACGUUGAGAUUCAGGAGCUGCGACGUGAUGAGCGCCGCCACCAACUCGACCUCCCCCAUCUCGCCCCCCUCCGCGUGCAAAGGCCACCUCUUUUUGAAACCCAACUUUGAUGUCCCGUCUAGCAGGUCCGACCUCCUGGCCGAGGUUUGUGCUAAGCAGGUGGCGUUGGAGUCCGUCACCGUUGAGGAUGAGGACCCACUGUGCGUCCGGAUUCUAAUGAGGGUGCACAACAUCUGCUACCAGAAAGCCGUGUUCGUCCGCAGGACUUUCGACGGCUGGACCAGCUUCUACGACCUCCUUGCCGAGUACGUGCUGGACUCGAACGAUGGCGCCACGGACCAGUUCGCGUUCCGUCUCUCGCUGCCACCACUCCUGGCACUGGAGGGCACCACCAUGGAGUUCGCCGUGCGUUUUGAGACCCCCUUUGGCUCCUUCUGGGCCAACAAUGGGCAGACGAACUACAGCCUCGUCUGCUGCUGGGCAGAUGAUGUGGACGGGAUUGGAGCGGCGGUGACACCUGCUGCUGAGGAGGAGUCCGCAGACAAGAACUUGAGGAGCUGUCUCAAGACGAAAAGCUGGGAGGCCUCUCCAGAGACACUGCAGGCCGAGGACGUCGCUGACGACAUGAAGGUGAAUGAUCUUGGAACUUCAGACCCACUUCACCCAAGCCAUCUCAAGCCCAGCAGUUCAAUGGAGAAUUUUGUGCCACUGCAGCUGAUGGUGACGAGUCCAACUGGAGAAGAGAAGGUGCUUGGAGGAGGAAAUGAAAACAACCGGGAACUUAGGCUGCAAGUCGGAGGACAAGAGGGCACCCAUGCUGAAUCGCCUGCAGACACUGGAGAAAUCAAGAAGCCUGAAAAACGGUCCAGAUUUUCAAGAAACAAGCGAAUCGCGGCUCUUUGCAAGAAAAUGAAAGAUGAGGGUGGAAUUCACCCAUUCUCUCACAUCAGCCUCGACGACGUGGAAGGGAAUGACAACACUGACGAUUCCUCAAGUGAAGCAACUUCACCGGCUGCUAAUUUUGAAGCCGACUCUGAGAAUAAUAAUGUGUUGGACAAUGCCAGUUCGAUGAUCCACCGGGAUGCCGAUUCGCGCAACGAUAAUUUGGCAACUUCCAAGGACGCCACUGAUAUGGUCGAGCCAUCUGCUGAUGCGGACCGGAACGAGGACCCUGACCGUGCUACGCGAACCGAAACCGGCGCGGCGCAGCGACGCGUCGAGCUCGCCAAGAUGACGGAGGUCGAAGUGAGCACCGUGCAGACUGUUGUGAGGAGCGAGUUGCCAGUGGCCACCAAGUUGGACGACGAUCGCUCCAGGGUGCUGGUCCAGAACGACGAAGAGGUGGGGGGGGAGGCCGCCUCUGGUGAUGGUCCUUCGUCGGCCAGCGAGCAGGGCGCAGAGGGGAGUGCCGAGGGUUUGAUGAGCACUUUGCGGCAGGAGCCGGCUGCGGACUUCAACAUGAACAUGCCAACGGACGGUGACGCCGCCUUCGAAUCGGUGGUAGUGGUGCCGCCGGCGGCGGCGCGCAGGCCGACGGAAAACGCUUACUCGCAUUACGAGAGCUACGAGGACCUCCGGAUUGUAGGUGAAGCUGAAACGACUGCUAACCCCGGCGAGUGCAUUGAUGACUCCCCCACGUCGCUCGGAGUGGAUGAGGGCUGGGACGUGGAGGGGAACAAAGCGGCGGGCGUAGAUCUACCAGGAACAACCGCCGCGGGAUGCUCGGAAAAAGAUGUGCAAUUGAACUACUCCAAAGAUGACGCAAAUGAAGCACUUGAGGCACAGGCGGAAUUGAACGUUUGUGACGAACCGCAAGCUCCGAUCGACGUCGAUGAUCAUGUUGUUGCUGCUGCUGAAAGGGCUGCAGUGACCGAGUGUGAUGUUUCGGUGCAGACUGAAGAUGCCAGUCUCUAUGAAGAGGUCUUGCCGGCGGAUCUCAAAGGCAGUGAAUAUUUGACCGAAGUGGUUUCCAUGCCGCUGCAGGCUUUUGAGAUGGCCAAUGUUUCCUACUCAACUCGUCUGCACGAACAUCGUGCUCCAACAGAACACUCGGAGUGCGAGCUCGAUACUGCAGACGCCGUUGUUCAGCACGCAGAGGAGGCUCCUGCAGAUUUUAGUCGAAAUAGCAAUGAGUUGCAACACGACUCGAUAUCGUGCGUUCAUGCCGGAGGGAAAUUGGAGGAGUUUUUGCGUCCCGAAGAACCAGUCGGAAUGGAUACAAGCUGUGAUGACGUGCAGUUGGGUGAAGAAUUGGCUCCUUGUGCGUAUGUGUUGUCAAAACAAGCGGCACUGGGUGAAUACAAAUCGGUACAGGAAACGCACGAAACCUCGGACGACGACUCCAUAACCCCAACUAAUGUCAGCCAAGAGCACUCGCCAGAAGUCUGCCAGGGCAAUGAAAUGGCCAAAGGGCAUACUGAGACCGAUCUGAAUCCAGCGAGCGAGGACUCUUGGGAAGAUUAUGAAAUUGUGGAAGAAACGCCAGCUGUGGAAAGUUCAACUGAGGGGGUGCUGCUGGAUUCAAGUGAUGGAAAAGCUCAUGCAGCACCGGAAGCCGAAACUGUUGGUGACUUUUCGUGCACGCCAAGCGACCCGGCCCCCUUGUGUCACGGGCACGCCGGUGCAGCCGAGGCGGCGGAAGAACGGGAGACGGCUGUCGAGCAGACCCUGCCAAUCCAGGAAACCCCCUGGGUGGCCGAUAGUCCAUUGCUCCAGGUGGAACCGUGGGUAACAGGGGUAACACAAGAUGUGAUCGUGAAGUCGUCUCCCGUCUCCGCUAAAGAAUUGGACGAGGGUAGCGAGUGCGUGCCCGCGCGUGGAAUGCAUGCUGACCGCGAGCACGAAGUUCCUGCGGAGGGGUUGGCUGGGAUCUCCUAUCCGGUUGAUGAACAAGUCCAAGAACUCCUGGAAAGUUCAGAAAUUAUCUGUUCAGAACCACGCCUUCUGGAAAGUUCAGAGAUGACCUGUUCAGAACCACUGCUUGUGGAAAGUUCAGAGAUGAUCUGUUCCGAGAUGAUCUGUUCAGAACCACUCCUCCUGGAAAGUUCAGAGAUGAUCUGUUCAGAGACCUGUUCAGAGAUGAUCUGUUCAGAACCAUGCCUUAUGGAAGGUUCAGAAAUGAUCUGUUCCGAGAUGAUCUGUUCAGAACCACUCCUCCUGGAAAGUUCAGAGCUGAUCUGUUCAGAGACCUGUUCAGAGAUGAUCUGUUCAGAACCACGCCUUCUGAAAAAUGCAGAGAUGAUCUGUUCAGAGAUUAUCUGUUCAGAACCACUCCUCCUGGAAAGUUCAGAGAUGAUCUGUUCAGAGACCUGUUCAGAGAUGAUUUGUUCAGAACCACGCCUUCUGGAAAAUGCAGAGAUGAUUUGUUCAGAGAUUAUCUGUUCUGAGAUCUGUUCGGAACCACUCCUUCUAGAAAGUUCAGAGAUGAUCUGUUCAGAGAUCUGUUCAGAGAUGAUCUGUUCAGAACCACGCCUUCUGGAAAAUGCAGAGAUGAAUUGUUCAGAGAUUAUCUGUUCUGAGAUCUGUUCGGAACCACUCCUUCUAGAAAGUUCAGAGAUGAUCUGUUCAGACAUGAUCUGUUCAGAAUCGCGCCUUGUGGAAAGUUCAGAGAUGAUCUUUUCAGAACCACACGUGCAGCUUCAAGACGACCCAUUAUUCGCAGUUGUCCCGCCAAAGCCCAUUCAGAAAGAUGUAAGCAUUGUGAGAGAUGCUGUUGAUACUGUGACUGACUUGGUACCCAGUGUGGAAGAUAAUCAGUGCAUUUUACAAUCUGCUGUUUUAGAUCAACUCCAGCUGGAUUCAUUAUCUCAUGCUGAAGAAGACAAUGCUCUAGACCCCUUUCUAAAGGUGGCAAAUCAGACAUUGUGCAUCACUGAAGCAUCUCCACUGCCUCACCAGCCCAUUGGUGAUGUAGUUAAAGUCCAAGAAACAACUGACAUCGAGCAGAACUUUUCAGUGCAGGAAACUCGGCCUGUGGCGCAGGUGUAUCCAUCCUAUAAUGAUUUCGCACUGCAGGCGACGGUUACAGAAAGCCUGCCGACGAGUUCCACACCAAGGGUCCGUCACGUGGACCAUACAGUCAUGGAGGAGCGUGAGAAUCAUCCGACUGAUGUGCUUAGAGAGGAACUGCAGCAGCAGGAGGAGGAGCAGGAGGAGGUUGACGUUCAAACGGCUAACGUCCUGGUAAAAAAGAAGACCCAAAUAUCACACUUGGGUGAAGAGAGCGUGAAGCGUUACUUCGAAAGCGGCGACGCCGAUGCACACUUUCCUGUCGAUGCCUCCGACUUGAACCUGCAGUAUGAAGAAGUGCCGCUGUCAGAGUUCAUGUCGGAUGCAGCGGGACUUGGAGAGGCGUCGCCGUGUGAGAUAAACGAAGAGGUCAGUGUUGCGAGCGUCAUUGUUGAACCGGGCAGCUGUAAUCUGUCCGACGUAGAUGAGGACGCUGAACUAGAUCAGGAUGUUGAAGAAGCUCCCGAUCUAGAGCACUAUAUGGAGCAAUUCAAGCCAAAUCACGACUUCUCAGAUGUGACGUUAAACAUUCAGGCCAUUCAGGAGGCAUUGCUGGGAGCGAUUCGCCCAUUAGUCGACCUGCCAGACAGUGAGGAAAUUGAAGCUGUAUCCUCUCUUGUUGAACCGCAGCCCAGAGACAGAGGUUUUGAAUCCACGGAAGUAACAGUUUGGAAUAGACCCUUUCUUGAAACAUUUUCAGCUGUAGAAUCCUACGUGAUGACAGAGCAGCCAGGACAACUUGGGGAGACACCUGAUUUAACCCCAGAGAUCAAAUACCAGCACGAAUUAGAGUUUCCAAAAGUGCCAAACCAAACGCAGUGGUUCCCCGAAACAUCUGCUGUGCCCAACGAACGCGUCGACGAUCUCCUGAAAUUGAAAGAAACAAGUUUCAUUGAGAAGACCCCACCAGAGGAGCGAACCCAUUCACUGGAGGAACAUUGGGCAGCUGACUCGAGCGUGACGGAUGAUCCAGCUGCGGGGAACGGAACUCAACAUGACCUUACAAGGCGAGAGUAUGUCGAAGACGACGAACAAACGUCCGGUUGUGAAACCCACGUGCUUCUGGCCGAGGGGACCGAUAAAACUGAUGCCCUGGUGGAGCCCAUCAUUACGCCAGAGCAGCUAAACAGGAUCGUGGGCAUGGUGGAAGAGAACGUCAGACGCUUUUUGGAAGCCAACGCCGCCACGCUGCAGGCAUCGCCAGACGAUGCCGGCUUGGCGGAGCGAUGUUUACCGGAGGGCGAGGAAGACUGCGCAGGGCCUUGCGCGCAGCCUGAAGGGGGGGAGAUGGUGCCCACAGAUCACCUCGAAGAUGCACAAGGAGACGAACUCGCGGAGGAGACUAAUUUCGAAAGCUAUGCUUUUAAACCUCCGCUGAAACUCGCCGAAUUUUGAAACCCCUUGGGAUGCUCUUGCCGCGUCUUCGUGCACUCAAGGAACUCGUGAUUUGGAGGCCUCUGCAGACGUCGUUCAACCCGCUCGGUUGCUGCUCACCUCGGUUGCGCCGGCCGUAAGCAAGGACGACGGCGCGGUAACUCCUGAACUAGAAUCCGUUGACCGGUGGUUACUUGAAACCCCGCCUCUAUCGCGUCGUCGUCCGGCGAGUAGGAUUAAUGAAGGACUACUUGACGAGGAUGCCGUGCCCCAGUCGCCAGUGGAGCAGCAUCUCGCUGAGGAGAAACGGGUCGGAGAAGAUGCGCCUGCAGCGGGAGAAGGCGACGAAGAUGUGUGGGAUAAUGAUGAGGAUGAUGGGGUUGACUUGCGUUUUGAGAACCAAGAACUGUAUAAAGAUUUGGAGCCUCGUGUUGCGUAUGAGGAGCUAAACAAAGAUGUAGACUCGUUCGAAGAAGACGAAGAAAAGCAGUACCCGGAAACAAGUGUUGUAGACUUGCAGCUGGAAGAAGAGAAGGCUGACUUGAAACGAGAGCAAGCAGUAUCAACAGGUACCAUCUUUCUUCACUCGGAACCGCAAGUGCAACUUCAAAGUCGGUCCGUGUCUGGCUCUGUCUUGGCAGAGCCUGAAGUUGAAGUGCUCCCAGUAUGUGAUGAAAUGGAAGCGGUAGGUGUAAAGAGUAAUGUGGUUGAAGCAGGCUGUGACUACAUAUUAAAUGUACAAGAUACUGUCGCAGAUGAAAGCCUCUCUGAGGAGGCCCAAGUGUCGCAGGGAUCGUUGAAUGAAUUGCCAAUGUCAAAGAGGGGAAUUUAUGACCUUGCCACCAAAGUUGACCUUGACUCUGCAUGUGACCCGUCAAAAGCAUUUGGGGAGGAAGAGCAGCUCCGUGAAACUCGCCUCUUGACCGAAGUUGGAGAAAUCCGGGACAUUCUGCAGAGCAUGCUCGUGGAGGUGAAUCAGCCGGUGGAACGGUUCACACUGCGAGACUCCGCGGAGGGAAAAGACGCCCUUGCCAGCAUCAUUGAGGAAUGCGGCGAGACCAAGGGGAUCGUGGGAAAUGCGCUGCGGGGCAUCGCCGACGCCAGUCCGGAGGAACGGGAAGAGCCACGUGCGACCGAAGGCUCUCCUCCGCUCGAAGGCGAUCUGCACUCGUCUCGUCACUCGCAACCCGACUCGUCCCACGCGGCUCAAGCGCUCGGCGAUUCUGAAGGGCGCCCUGGCGCCGCAGCCGACGGCGAUGGCGGCGACGAGUCGGCCGAGCAGCCGGUUCCUGACGCGAACAAAGCGAGGCCCAAGCCAAGAAGGCCCAGGCCGGCGUUCCCGACCAUCAUCGUGAACGAGGUGAUUCCGGAAGAGGAUGAGAGCCGGGCAGUUCGUAGAGGACGACAUCUCCCCGCCCGGAGCUUCGGGCUGGGACCAUGUCACCGCCGAGCCCUCUGGGGGGGGAGGCGAGGUCAGGCAGAGGAGGGGGUGGGUGGCGUCGGCCACGGCGGUUGCAGACGCGAGCCCGAGCUACAAGCGGCUGCAGCAGGUGUUCGAGAAGGUUUUGUACUUCCUCGCUUUUGUCGUUUUCCUCGUGGCCUUGUACCACUACGACAUUGUGGUGUGUUGCGCACUUUACGUUGUUUCCUUGGGUGUCCUUUACUACGAGAACGAGAUAACAGAGUCCGGGCACAGGCAGUAUCAACCCGGGGAGUGAAUAGCUAGAUUUUGACAUGAAGUUAUUUUAAAAGUGGUUUUAAGUACAGUUAUAGGUUAUGCAAUAAUGUUAACGAUGCCAGUUUAUAAUUAUCUCAAUUUGGUGUUGAUAGAUUACAUCUGAGGGAUUGUUCUCCUUGUUUGUGAGCUGUUUGGUACUUAGGAUAUCUUGUAAAAAGUGUAAAAUGACUUGGCGUUCAGUCAUCCUUAGUCUAUUUUUAUAAGCAAUAGAUCAGUUGUCCAUACUUGCACAACAUUUAAAAACCUUCAAACCCACACCAUGCACACACCAUUAACUAUGAGCAGUUGCAAAGUAAAAGCAUAAUUUAUAGCGUGUUUAAAAAACAUACUGGCAUCGAAUACUUUAAAAAAAUCACCUUCAAUAGCGUGAUAAUUUCUUGCGUAAUGGUAGAAGAUUAACUGAAUGUAACAUAUAUGUGCAAAAAAAGGAUUUGGGAUAUUUUUGUUCGGAUAAAGACAUUAACAGCUCUGGAUUUUAUAUGGGGGGAAUAUGUAAUUGUCCGGCAGUUACUAAAGCGCAGUCGGACUGUGUGCAAGUAGCUGUCGUUAUUUCCGUACAUUUCAAGACGUUGCAGUGAAGCUGUGUUUUUUUUCCCUUCAUUGUUUUGUUGUUGGCAUCAGCCUCCUCGGAUCGUUUGAAGCAGCUUCCACGUCGUCAAAUAACCGCUUUUACCUCUUUCGUACCUUGAGCAAUAAUGGGGAAGACUCGCUUGGGCUAAACACACGGCAAUGUUAGCGGGGCACUAGCUUUUUGUAAAGGAAAUCUUUUGGAACGCGUUGGGUGCCACUCGUCCUCCAAUCGGCUUGCGAUGCAAUUGGCGCAACGGCCAAAUUUCGCGUUUUGAGGGCUUUGCACAUGCGCAGGCCAGUGCGUGCGCAAACUUCACGGACUUCUCGUACCGCGAACCUGCAGUAGCGUGUAGGCGAAUUGAGAGUACGGCGAGUGUCAAUGCUGAAUUUGUGGCGUGUAUCAAAUAAUACACGAGGAUUUGUAUAAAGCGGCUUGGCUUCAAAGCAUCGCGCGAUAACCCCCCCCCCCCCCCCCUUUCCCUUCCAUUGGUGUGAAUUUGGUCCUGGGGGUUGAACUUUAAGGCAAGAUGGUCAAGGCUUUUUUACAUUUCAAUCCGUCACCUCGAUCCAUAAUGAACGUCUCCCAAUUAACAUGGAGGAAUUCAUAAGUUUUCAUGAAAUAAAUAGCCUUGACAGCGUGUGUUGCCUUCUUGAUGGUGUAGUAGUGCGUCUUGGUCCACUGUUUUCGAUGCGGCAUCAACAGCCGUUGCUAUAUUAGCAGUACAGUUUGGGCCCUCCAGGCAAUUCUGGCCCCUCCACCAGUUAGCCUGCGAUCGAUAGAGAUGGACUUGUAUUAACACUGACAUUUGUAACUUUAUUUUAAAGUCUUAGCAUGUUGGCGUGCUCCUGCAUGCAUUCUUCACAGACGGUCUUCCCCCAUCGCGUGUGUCCAAAUGCAGCCAAUGUAAAUUGUAUUUUGAGUAAUAAUCAUAAUAAUAAAUGUAUUACCGUAUCAAGAUGUGGUUUUCCCGAUUGACCACAUCUGACAAUGAGCGUUUUAUCGGUGCACGUGUUUUUAACUAUGCCCACCUACGUUGAGUUUGAAUGAAAGGUAACUCCAGAAGAUUACGAUGAAUGUUUAUUGAAAUGUUAAAGUGUUUGUUAUUUAAGGAAAUAAUAAGGGGCAGUGCAAACACAGGUCUGCGUUGGGAAUUCACUUUGGGUAUGUCUAAAGGAUAUUUAAAAUUUUAACUAUUAAAUAACGACCUAUAUCAGGCCGAUGUGUACAAACUUGUGACUUGGGUUUCUGAAUUACUUGCAUCCAUGACAUUUUGCCACUAAAAUUUACAUUUUAUAAGAUCACCAUUGUGAUGUUGUUAAGUCUACAAUAAAUCUAUAUUAAAUGUUCCUAUUUUAUCAUUAAAAUCUUCUGCAGUGGCAAUGUGGACAAUAAAGAUCUCGUGACCCCCCCCCCCCUCCUACAUUUACAAGAGUAACCCCUGAUGUGCCAUAACCAAACUCCAAACCUCGGCUUCGUGCAACUAAAUAUAUAUUUUAAAAUGUAACAUUGUCUUGCCCACCUCCCAUUCUCAGGUCCCCGCUUUCUUUAACACGGCUCGCGAAUCUCGGUGGCCUCGUCUGGUUAAACAACUAACACGAAAUGGAGUUAAUUAUACGGUGAUUUAAAGUGCUGCAUUUCCCAUUCGCUCCCAUCCCAAGACCGGCUUUAACACACUUUUGCCGCGACGCCCCAUCCCAGGAUUCGCCUCCACCACACGAUGUGGUCACGUCGACCGCCGCACUUUUUGGCAUGAAGCUCGAGCCACCUGCUUUGUGUGUACAAGGCGGGGAGGGGGGGUCGUCUCGCGAGUGUGGUCCCUGUCCAAAACUCGAUUUGUUGAAUGUGGGAGCCUGCACGGAACACCGCGUUCAGGCCGGCGGGUUUGAUAACCGGGGCCUAAAAAUAGGGUCGUGCCAACCGUGCGUCUCUGGCGUCACGUGGCCGGUUGAACCUGCGGUGGUGGAACGACGAAGGGAGCAGCACGUGUUGGUUUCUGUGCUGUUCGUACAGCACAGGGAGGUUAUAAGACGGCUUUUGUGCGGGACAAAUAGGAAUACGCAUAGACGCGCGCCGCCUUUCCUUGAGUUUUCGUUGUCGCGACCCCCCAAGGUCGGCAUUGAAUUGAAGUUGGGACUAGAGUUACGUCGGCGUGAGUUUGAAAUGGUUAAUUUUUUUUCACCAUUGUUCGUGAACAGUUUUGCCGAGCCGGCAGGAAAGAAACGAGGUGAUAUUUUUUUACACGCGUUUCAAGGACUUUAUUUUCGAUUGUUCAUGAGCGACUACUUUGGUUCGAGUUGUGGUGAAGAGUUUGAUGGCUCAAGUUGUUGUCAAUGUUUUCGUUAAGCCCUUGUAGUACGCAUUAUUUUCUGAAAUAUAUUCUUGUCAUUGUUUUUAGAACAUUGAUUAUCCAUAAUUUGACGUGAUUGCUCAAAUUACGUCAAAUACAUAUCCCCGCAAUUUAAGUACAAAGUAUUAUUUGGGUGCCGUAAUUACCCUGGCAAUUUCCAAAACGAUCACCACUAUGAAAUGUUACACAGUGCAUUUAAUUGUGCACUUUGCGAGUGUCGUAUGUAGUCGCGGACAACACACUUGUAUUAAUCAUAAGACACUGGGUAGCCUUGUUCAUUUACUCUAACCUUUGUAAAAUACAGCGUGUUAAACUUUUCGCGAUUUAAAAAGCCUGGCAUUUUAGUCUCCAACAUUUAUUUGGGUUUCAUCUGCCUUGCAGAAAGAGUGACCCAUUGCACCAGAAAUUAAUGAAUGGACAAAACCAGCACCCAUUCUGGUUCGCAUGCAAAAACCGCGAACGGUCAAGCGUGAGCACGGGCAAUAUUACCUGUCUAUUGUCUCUUUAUUGGCCCUCAUUUCAAUUAAGUUGUUGAUUGCAAAGGCCGUAGGACAUUUCAAUUUGGGUCCAGAAAUGAAAUUAAACAUUGAUCUGCUGUGCAUACAAAGACUCGGCCUUGUUGGAAUUAAAAUGACUUUGAGUACAUCAUUCACAAAACUGUUUAUAUUUUGGUGAAAAUCAAAUGAUUCGGGGGUACGGAACAAGGUAAUUGCACAACAUCGUUCGGAGUCGGCUUUGAUAAGUAUGCGGAGGCGCUCAGGUCAUUUUUAAGAAUGAGAUGCUAAAAAGGAAAUUGCACCGACUUAACACUUCUUCUCACGUCUCGUCGCUGAGUAAUAAUUACAUGGUGGCACUCGUGUUGAUGCUGCGAGGUUGCCAUUUGAAGAAAUAUUGUAGUCGUUCAUCUGUGCGCUCACGUUGCGUCCAAAAUAUUUCAGAAUGUUUGUUUCGAAGGGAUGGCUUGUAUCAAUUAACUGCAAAGCUUCCCACCUGCAGCGAUGUUUUUGUGGAGUGUUUUGUUUUUGGGGUGAUCGUUUUUUUAGGUAAUUCUCUAAACUGAAAAUCGAACUACGGCUGGCACGGAUUUUCUCACAGUCGUGCUGUAGAGCUCUCCCGUGUGUCAUUUGGAUUGUGUCGCUUGGUUCUCUGGCGCAGUGUCCAAACGUUUCGCUCCACACGUUUGUACCUUGAGGAGUUCCACUUCCUCUAGAACAACACGUGGUACAGUCAUACACUCGGCGGGAGAUCCAAGUCUGUUGCUAAUGAAUACAAGCAUAGCGUAGGAACAACUUGCAAGCAUAAGUAAUGUCUAGAGGUAUAAAUGUAAAGCAGGUUCUUAAGCUAAAAGGGAUUUUCACCGUACAAGCUUAGGCUAAUUGUAAUUCCAUUCUAAAUAUAUGCAAAUAGUUUUUUUUUAUAUAUACAGCGUGGUAGCACUAAACUUUUGAAAUGCAACCCAAUAACUGAAAAAGUUGCUUUUUUUGGGUUAAGGGUUUCUUUAUGAUAGCCAUACACAUUAGGAUAUGCAAACUGAAUAUGCUUUAAUGUUCAUUUGAAUCGGCCGUUUCUUUGCAGAGAUUACGUGAUUCUUUUUGAUUUUUCCGUAUCGUUAAGCAAACGUUUAAAUGAUAAGUAUGGAGACGUGCAUGCAAUUGUGUUUGAUGGUGGUGUUGAAAGCGGAUUCAGUUUUUUUGUGAUUUCUCAAAUGCUUAUGUUUUGACGAAAGUAUUCAUUGCUUCUCUUUUUAAAUUGUCACGUUUCUCUGCAGUGGGAUGGCAUUUUGCAAAUGCCUGUUUCAAUACAGUUAAAUCGGAGGCACCCUUUUAUGCUCUGCAAGUCCAUCCGUUUGGCAAUACUAUGAAUGCUAUAACUACUAAAUUAGCGUGUAGUGUGCAAUGUGUGUGUGCGCGCGCGUGGUUAGGGUUCUUGUCCACACUGUGUAUUUGAGGUUGCUCGUUUGCACUGUCGGCUUGCGUUGUUUAUUUUGUGUGCGUUUUUUGAGUGAACCAUUUGUUGUCUGCACUUGGGGACUGCUGUUUCAAGGGAAUUGAAGUGCAAUUAAAGAAAGAUGAUCUCC